GGGAAUUUCAGCUGUUUGGGAUUUAGACCACACGGACUAGCUGGCUCUGGUCGGGACCGCCAGGGUGGAUCAUUGGGACUGAAAGUGUGAGCAGGUACGACGUGCACCAAACCAGGGGCGCCCGGGGGCGCAGGACACCGGCUCCCCUCGCCUUUUGGCCGGCCCGCGCGGAUCGCUGCCUUGUGCGGACCUGGCGGGGCUUGCCCCCGGCCGGGAGAAGUCGGGGUUUGCGCCAGGCCCUACCGAUCCUCGCCUGCAGUCUGCGAGGGAGCUUGCAGUUCCAGACACUGCGGGGAAACUGGCUCAGUGCGGUUUAGUAACGUAGCGGAGGACGCAGGACAUGAAGUAAACAAUGGAUAACUGUCCCGCUGCGUCGACGUUCCUGACCGACAGCUUGGAGCUGGAGCUGGAGACAGAAUGGUGCAAACCCCCUUGCUUUUCUUGUGAUUUUGACAGCAGAGGAGGAGGAAAACAUUUUUCUGGCGAGUCCUACCUUUCCAGCGGAGCUCUUAAGCGACUGAUUUUGAAUCUUGAUCCUUUACCGACUAAUUUUGAAGAGGAUACAGUGGAAAUAUUUGGCAUUCAAUGGGUUACUGAAACAGCAUUAGUGAAUUCAUCUAGAGUUCUCUUUCAUCUCUUGAGGCAACAGCUCUACAACUUGGAAACCUUAUUACAGGCCAACUGUGAUUUUGGGAAGAUAUCAACCCUACAUUGCAAAGCAGCCAAUAUUAGGCAGCAGUGCAUAACAUUUCUUCAUUAUGUUAAAGUCUUCAUUUUCAGGUCCCUGCAAGUACAAAAUGCCGAAAGUCAUGUUCCUGUCCAUCCCUACCAGACUUUGGAGGCACAACUUCCCUCAGUGUUGAUUGAUGAGCUUCAUGGAUUACUCUUGUAUAUAGGACACCUAUCAGAACUUCCCAUUAUUAAUACAGGAGCAUUUGUAAAUCAAAACCAGACUAAGCUUUUCCCACCAUCAUGGCAUUUGUUACAUCUCCACUUAGAUAUCCAUUGGCUAGUGCUGGAAAUUCUUCACAUGCUUGGUGAAAAAUUGAAACAAGUUAUAUAUAGUCAUCAGUUUAUGAACCUGGCAGGUGACAAUUUAACCAAUGUCAGCCUAUUUGAAGAACAUUGUGAAAAUCUUCUUUGUGAUUUAAUAAGCCUGUCCCUCAACAGGUAUGAUAAGGUUAGGCCUUCUGAAGCAUUAAUGAGUCACCAUUGCCCAUGUCCAUGCAUUAAAGAAUUAUGGGUUCUACUCAUUCAUCUUCUCAACCACAGGAGUAAAUGGUCUCUCUCAGAAUCAUUUUGGAACUGUUUGAAUAAACUACUGAAAACGCUCUUUGAAAAAUCAAAUGACCGAAAAAGACCUUCUGUGCCUGUAAUCCAGCCCAGGGAUCCAUUGGGUUUUAGUUGGUGGAUUAUUGCUCAUGUAGCAUCAUUUUAUCAGUUUGAUCGCCAUGGAAUACCAGAUGAAAUGAGACAAAUGGAAUCAAACUGGAACUUUGUAGAAGAACUGCUGAAAAAGUCCAUCAAUGUUCAGGAUGGUAUACUAGAAGAUCAGUUACGAAUGUAUCUUCACUGUUGUUUGACCCUUUGUGAUUUCUGGGAGCCAAACAUUGCAGUUGUCACCAUUCUGUGGGAAUAUUACAGUAAGAACCUGAAUAGUUCUUUCAGUAUUUCUUGGCUUCCUUUGAAAGGCCUGACACAUGUCAUUAAGUCGCCCUUGUCUAUGCUAGAAAUGGUGAAGACCUGCUGUUGUGAUAAACAAGAUCAUGACCUGUAUAAAUCCAGCAGUAGUUACACUAUUUUCCUUUGCAUUUUGGCAAAAGUUGUUAAGAAAGCAAUGAAGAACAAUGGCCCUCAUCCUUGGAAACAAGUCAAAGGAAGGAUAUAUUCUAAAUUCCAUCAAAAAAGAAUGGAAGAACUAACUGAAGUUGGUCUGCAAAACUUUUUCAGCCUUUUUCUACUGUUAGCAUGUGUGGCAGAGGUGGAAGAUGUAGCAAGUCAUGUUUUAGGCCUCCUAAAUUUCCUCAGGCCUGCCUUUAUAACAUCUCCUCUCAUUUGGAAGGGUCAGAUGGCCUUCCUCUUGAUGUACACCCAGAAAAACCUGGACAUCAGUGUUUUGGCUGAGAUAUUUUCAGGUGCUUUCCGGGAGAAAGCAAAGGAGUUCUUGGUAUCUAAGAAUGAUGAAAUGGGACAAAGACAGAGUCUCUGGUCACUUCUUUCCAUAUAUAUUGAUGGUGUUCAAGAAGUGUUUGAGACUAGCCAUUGCUUGCAUCCUUCCCAUGAAAAACUGCUUAAUGAUGGCUUUAGUAUGCUUCUACGAGCUUGUCAAGAAUCUGAACUUCGGACAGUGUUGAGCUUUCUACAAGCUGUUCUGGCCAGAAUCAGGAGUAUGCAUCAACAAUUGUGUCAGGAACUUCAGAGGGAGAAUGUGGACCUCAUUGUGCAGUCUUCAUUAUCGGCUAAAGAGCGCCACCUUGCUGCAGUUGCCAGUGCACUAUGGAGGCAUUUCUUUUCAUUUUUGAAGAGUCAGAGAAUGUCACAGAUAGUGCCUCUCUCACAACUCGCAGAUGCAGCUGCAGAUUUUACUUUGCUGGCAAUGGACUUGCCCAGCACAGCUCCAUCAGAUCUUCAGCCUCAGCCAGUUACAUCAAUGAUACAACUUUUUGGUUGGGAUGAUAUCGUCUGGCCCCAAGUUGUAGCCAGAUAUUUAAGUCAUUUCCUACAAAAUAGCAUGUUAUGUGAAGCACUUUCUCAUUCAGGCUGUGUAUCUUUUCAAGCCCUAACUAUAAGAUCAUGGAUCCGUUGCAUUUUGCAAAUGUAUAUAAAAAACCUUUAUGUGCCAGAUGACUCGUUCAUUGAUUUAAAUACUGAACAGGCAGUUGAAAAAGACUACAUGGAACAGUUGGCUGAACUGACAAGGUUGCUAUUUAAACUCUCAGAAGUAAAGAAUAUUCUCUCAAAGGCUCAAGUUGAAUAUUUACCUAUCCAAGAAGGCCCUAAAAAAGCACUUGUUGUGUUCCUCGAGGCUGUUGGUAUAACUUACGGGAAUCUGCAGACACUUUCUGAUAAAUCUGCCAUGGUCACAAAGUCCUUAGAAUACCUUGGUGAAAUAUUAAAAUAUAUAAAACCUUAUUUGGGAAAAAAAAUUUCCAGUGCAGGUCUGCAGCUGACUUAUACGAUGAUGGGAACUCUUGUUAAAUCAUGGGCACAGAUCUUUGCCACCUCUAAAGCCCAAAAAUUACUAUUCCGGAUCAUAGACUGUUUACUGCUGCCACAUACAGUAUUACAGCAAGAGAAGGAGCUGCCCGCACCUAUGUUGACUGCAAUUCAGAAGAGUCUUCCUUUGUAUCUCCAGGGCAUGUGUAUCGUGUGUUGUCAGUCUCAAAAUCCAAAUGCCUAUUUGACUCAGUUACUAGGGAAUGUUAUUGAACAGUAUAUCGGGCGGUUUCUUCCAGCUUCACCACAUGUUUUAGGUCUUGGACAACAUCCUGUUUUGUUGGCAUUGAGAAACUCAGCCACUGUUCCACCGAUGUCAUCUCUAAAGAAAUGCAUUGUACAAGUCAUAAGGAAAUCCUACUUUGAGUUUAAAGGAUCCUUGCUCCCUCCUCGCUUAGCAUCCAUUCUGGCCUUCAUCCUCCACCUUGUUAAGGAAACUAACAUUGAUGUUUCCGAGGUUGAACUACUCCUCCCUGGAGUAUUAAAAUGCUUGGUGUUGGUCAGUGAACCUCAAGUUAAAAGGCUGGCCACCGAGAACCUGCAAUACAUGGUCAAAGCGUGCCAAGUGGGGUCAGGAGGAGAACCUGCCGCCCAGCUGACUUCUGUGUUUAGGAAAUUUAUCGAGGAUUAUGGUAUGAGAUAUGACUAUCAGAUUUACAGCAUUUUAGAAACAGUAGCAGCAUUGGACCAACAGGUUGUUAUCCACUUGAUUUCUACCCUUACUCAAUCUCUGAAGAGUUCAGAGCGGAAAUGGGGCCUUGGCAGAAAUAUUGCACAAAGGGAAGCCUAUAGCAAACUUUUAUCUCACCUAGGACAAGUGGGACAAGAUGAGAUACAGAGACUAAAAGAUGAUAAUAUUGAAUCUAUUUUGUGAUUCAUCCUCAAUGUUAAUUAUAACUAUCUAAAGUCACUUUGCACCAUUCUGACUCCUACUUUUAAUUAAUUGUAUAAUGUUCUGUUAAAAAUACUUUCUAGGAUUUUUUCCUUUCAUACCUGUAAGUAUAAAGUAUAUAAAUAGGGAAAUAAAAGUUAAUUAAAUAUGUUAUAGGAGCUUUGUUUGGAACUUGGUAAAACUGCAAUCUAUUUUGAAGAGGAUUUAGUGAAACUAAAGAAACUUUUCCUAGCUGGGAAUGUUAUGUGUGUAUGUCUAAGCAGGUUUGUACUGGUUGAUCCAUGGCCAUUUUACUGCAAUGUGACUUUCUGCCUUGUGAGUAAUUUAUUUCUGUUUUGUUUUUGUUUUCUUAUGAGUUAUAUUUUAUGACGAUACUAUUUCAAAUUACCUGGCUGCCCUAUGCUGGGUUUUUUUUUUUUUGGAGGGGUGGUCAGGAGAUAGAACUGUAUAUUUGUUAUCCUUUUUUAUACUAUGCGUGAGGCAAGUUAAUAAAAUCCUUACAAAGCACACUUAACUCUAUGAGGAAUGAGACUGAAUCUGGCUAAAUGAUUAUACAGAUAAUAUGUAUUUUUUUUUAACUUGGACCAACAGUGUUUAUAUCAAUACUUGGGUUCCAACAGUUGCCAGAUGUCUUCCUCUACUCAUCCUUUCGUUUGGAGUUGUCAUUAAAAGACAGAUCAGGAGGAGGAUAAACAAGAAGAGCCUUUAGGAAAAGAGAAUAAAUAAUAUUCUGGAAAUUUUUUAGUUUACAGAAUUAACAGAAGAGGUCUGAGAAUUCAGCUGAUUUAUCUCCUUGCUCUUCAGUUAGAGCCUCUUAUAAACUAGCAUCUUUCAUGUUUGCCGGGAGCCAGUUUAGUUUCCUGUAGCAGCUCAUCUCUCAACCCUUUAACUAUUUCAUUCAGAUUCAUUCUACCAGUUGGGCUUUUGUCCUUGACUCCUUUUUCUAAUGAGCAUUAUUUGGUAAAAAGAGCUCCCAUCUUAGUGUUGGGAACCCACCUGAAUCUCAAACCCAGCUCUGCUUUGUGACCUUGAGCAAGUUCUUAACCUUUCUGAGCCUCAGUUCCUUCAUGGAGAAAAAUGAAUAAUAACCCUUUUUUAAAUUUUACAAUGUUCUGGUAGGAAUCAGUGGGAUAAUUGAUUUAUAAUUAUAAUCAUAUAAUUUAAAUGUAUGUGAAAGUAUUUGUUGACCUGUGUUCUGUUUAGUGGUGUACAGACAUGAUCACUCUAUCUCAUGCACAAAGGUGAAGAACACUUCUCAAUUUUGUUCCUCUUUCUCUAAUGGUAUGUCCUAGAUGAAGUCCCCACUUCUUUUCAAUGUUUUCUUACAUGUCAUGUUUGCUAAGUGUGAAAUAAUUUGUUUUUUUCUUGAGCAUCUAGUGUUUAUCAUGGUUCUACUAUUCCUUCAGGAAAACAUUUCAACCCUUUUCUGACUCAAGAAGUAUCUUUUAAAAUGAAAUGCACUGCAAUCGGGAAACUAGAGUUAAUAGCCCUUUCCUAAUUGUAAUCUGUGAAGUCUAAAGGACUUCAUGACAUAUAAAUGGUUUAUUUUCCCCCCAAAUAAACUGUUUUUAAUUCAACAAAUGGGAUGAAUAAAAGCCUCUUUAAGGUUACUAAGGCUUCGUAGCAAUGAGUUUCAUUAUGAUAGUGACUUAUUAAAUGAAUGAUGCAUUAUUUUGCAAGUUGUAGCAAUUGAAAUGUAAACUAUUUAAUGGGAUGACUUUAAAGAGGUUAUUUGUGUGUGUGUGUGUGUGUGUGUAUGUGUGUGUAUAUAUAUUUUUUCACCCCAAGGGAAAUUGAUAAAGAUAUCUUGGAGAAUCUUGCUCCUUAGCUUAUGAAACUUUUUAAGGGUUAAGAAAAUCUGCUGCUGAAUCAUGCAUUAGGGUGUAUAGCUGUAGAUACUAAGAAUAACUAAAGUUU